CGCGCGCGUCUGCCGUCGCCUGCCGCGCCUGCCGUUGUUUUGUGUGGCGCUAGUGUCAUUUUUUAGCGUUAUUGGUAUCGGAGGUUAUGGAGUAAAUUGUUAUAAUAAUUACUUGUAUGUACAGAGUUUUAUCACUUUAGCAAAAUGGAGAAGAGAAAAGAGUCGUUAUGUACUGAAAAGGUGUGCCGUUUUUGUCUUACGCAAGAUAAUCUCAAGAGCUUGUACGACAAGAAACAAGCGUCCGCGAAAUCGGUCCCUCUAUCGUUGAAAAUUUUGUCCAACGUCUCUAUAGAGGUUUUUCCUUCAGAUAGAAUGCCAUCAUUUAUUUGCAAGCGGUGCAGUUUCUACAUGGAUAUAUUCUUUGAUUUCAAAAAAAUCUGUCGUGAUGCAGACGAGACCAUCUUACAAUACAUACAAAAGGGAACUAAUCUGGAACCUAUUUUUUGGCCACCAGCACUUGUUAAGUUGUCCAACUAUGGUUUCCGUUAUACAUCAUCAAGUGGAGUGAUGAAAACUGUAGUAGAAGGAGGAGCUACUGUGGAAGUCACUUCUCAGGACAUUUCUGAUAGUGAAGAUGAUGAAAAUGUCUACAAUGUUAAGGUAGGAGAUGGAUCUGAAGAAGGCACCUCAGCAUGUGUGAAGGUGGUGACCAGCAAAGACGAGGGUGGCACACCCAAAGGCAAAAGUAAGAAAGAGUUGGAGUUGAACAUAAAAGCUGAAGAUGGGAAUGUGACUGCUGCCAAUAUGAGUGAUGGUUGUUGGCCGUGCAAUGAGUGCGACUGCACAUACCCUCUGCAACAAUUACUUGAACUACACAAGAAACAUAAACACAGAGUGCGGACUGUGGCCUGUGAUCAAUGCGACGCUAAGUUUUACACCAAAUACGAUCUGGCGACGCACCAGUUGCGACAUCUGGACGUAUUGCCGUUCACAUGCCCGGCGUGCGGGCAGAAGUUCAGACGACUACCCCUGCUCAAACGACACGAAAGGGACGUGCACAAAGACAUACCUCAGAAGAAGUGUCCGUACUGUCCUUCCUCCUUUCUCACGUUGACGGAGUGGAAGGCGCACCAACAACGCCACCUUAGACCAGGCAAUAACUUGCUGAAGCCGUUCGAAUGCGAUAUUUGUCAUAAUAAAUUUCGCGAGAAGCACUCGUUGGUGCGGCAUAAACAGUUGAUCCACGACAACAAACCGACGCUCCGCUGCGAAUAUUGCCCCGAGCGGUUCGCAUCAGUAUCGAAGUUGGCUCGUCACGUGCGCACUCACGCCGGGGACAGGCCGUACCCGUGCAAGUACUGUGAUAAGUCCUUCAUCAAGUCACACCAUUACACCAGGCACUUACGAGUAAAGCAUAGGGAGGAAUUCCGUAGCCAACAGGAGACCAACAGCGAGGAGUAUCGAUGCGAACAGUGCUUAGAAGCAUUCACCUCUCAAGACGACCUGAUGUACCACUCGGCAAUACACGCCACGCAGAAUCUCACCUGCCCGCUGUGUCAAGAGAAGUUUGACGACAUUGACUCGGUGACUUCACAUAUAAAAUCGCACGUCAAUGGUAUGGAGUUCAUGUGUGAUCUAUGCGAGCUGGUGUUUACGACCAAAGACAAGCUGGACAAUCAUCUAGUUGCCGCGCACGAAGAUGAGAUCUGCUCACAGGUACUGGAGCAAGAUGAGUCUUCAAUGGAGAUGGAAGCCGAAGAAGAUGACGACGAGAACUCUAUUAAUGUAAAAGACGAAGGUGACCACAUGUUGGUAGAAAUUAAGAAGCCAGAUGAGUACAUGAUCUCAAACGCACAAGCUGAAUCGGAGGAUAAGAUGAACAAUACAAAUUCCGAAGAGAGUGAAGAAGAGUGCGGCGACGUCGGUGAUAUGCCGCUACUCAGUGAUUCGCCGGUGACGAUAAAGAAAACGGGGCCGGCGGUGAUGAAGGCUAGCGUUGCUGAGCCUGCAGGCGACGUUCCCGCCGUGGCCGUACCAAUCCCUGCCGCGCCAGCAGCCGCCACGCCACAGCUCAAACCAGGCAACGAGAGAACCAACAUGCCACCAGUGAUACUACGGAAAGCAGAUGAAAUUAAACGGAAAAUGUAUCAUUGCACUCCAGAUACUGGUGUACAAGAGAAAAAACCUAAACCAGGGGGCACUAGCAGCACUGGUGGAGCAAGCGAUAAGUCGUUGCGUUUACUAGAGAAGGAGCUACAGGAACUACAAAGGACGAAUACACGUAAUGACAGCACAAAGGCUUCAGCUAAGUCUGUGGAAUCACUACGAAGUAGAGGACGACCACAGAUGCACACUUCUACGCCGAAAUUGCGGACUACAGAAGAAAAGAAAUCUCAAAUAGUUGCCAAAUCUACUUCAUUAGAAAAGAAAAUUCCUGAAAGACGAGCUAUUAAAGAAAAUAAGAAACCUGAGGAAAGUAAAGAAAUUAAAACCAUUAAUAGUAAUUUAAAAGAGGACAAGGAACCCAAAGCUAAGGAAAGCCAGGAGGAAAAGGUGAAGACUGUUAAUAAUAAAGAAGAAAAGAACGUAUUGAAGAAUGGUUCAUCCAGCAAAAGCUCUUUGGAGGAUCAAGUGCGGCGGUCGUCGCGACCGUCUAAAGUGAAGGACUACGCUAAAAUGGUCCGCGACAGGUCACCGUCAGAUGACGAUGAUUCGGAUGACGACGACGAAGAAUAUGUUGAAGCUGAAAAGUCAGAGUUUCGCCCGAAGACACGGCGAGGUAGCUUGAAAACACAAGCCAAAGUACAAGUACAACCACAAGCACAACCGCAACCACAACAAGCUAAGGCGGCGGCUCCGGCAAGAAAGCGAGGCCGCCCGCGCAAGGAGCCAAUCAAAGAAGCAGUGCCAGCAAAAGUAAAGAAGUCACAGAGCGAAGAUAGCGAAGGAAAUCCUGAGAAAAUGGAUGCUGAACCAGAACUGAACUCUACAUCUCCAGAGAAAGCGGACGAUCAGGACGAAGGCAACGAUAGUGCUGACGCGUCUACAAGUCUAAAUAAAACGGAAGAGAAACCGAACCUUAUAGUGGCGCCAACUGGACAUACUCUAAAGAAGGUACCAAUUAAGGCUCUACCGCCCGGAGUCAAACCCCUUCCACUGCCCAUCAAUGCCAGGUCAAUGGGACCGGGAGAGCUAUGCGAGAUGCAAAUAGGCAAAAAAGUUGUAAAAGUACAGAAGAUAGUGAUGACCAAGGCUGAAGUAGAAGCUAUGGCUAAGAAAGGCCUUGUUGAGAUGAAGGAUGGCACAAUGGUGCUGAAACAGGGUAUCAAGAUACCCACGGAUCCGAUUGCUAUUAAGUCUACGCUUGUCGGAGAGGGUAGGUCCGACUAAAGAAUCUCCUACGAAGCAAGAAAGAGCUACGCCGACACGGUGCGAGCUAACUAAUGAAUGAUAUGUAAUUAUUUGUUGAGUGAAGAGUGUAAAUUCCAAUGUAUUACACUGGUAUUUAACAUACCAAUCAUUUUAAAUUGUUUAUGUAAGCAUAAUUAUGGCUAAGUUUUACUUUAUUUUCGUAAGUAAACUUGUCAGACAUCAGACGUAUUGUUUCUAUAUGGGAAAUAAAAGCUUAUAAAUUCAUGAACUUAUCAACAUUUGGACAAUCAUGCACAUUCGAUGAAACCUAGUUUUUUUAAUCACAAAAUUGAAACAUAUUUUUAUGUAAGGAAGCAUUUUUUGUAUAUUUACUAUUAAUUACCUUAGAAGUUAUUAUAAAGUACUGUAAUAGCGUAGCGUAGUUAAACUAUGAAUAAAUGGAUUACAUACCAUA